AACCUUAACAAUUCCUGUGCUUUCUCCUCCCAAACCCAUGUCCUCCAAGAUCUCCAAACCCAAGAAAAAGACCUGUGCAUGCAACUUGAAGUCGCAGUGCAGGAAAAGGCAGAGAGUGAUAUCAUGUUGGGCAUGAGUAAAGAAUGCGUGGGGUCGCUGAUUGAUGAAGUUGCGAAGCUGAGGAGGAUGGUGCAUGAGAUGCAGCAGGCAAGUGCUGCAUGUGACAUGACUAUUGUGCAGUUGUGCAAGGAGUGGGACCUGGAGAGGGAGAGGGAGGAUGUUAAUGGGCUUAAUAUUGCUUUGGGUUUGAAGCAGCAAGAACUUGAACUUAACAUCGUGGCAUCAAGUACACCAGUUCCAAGCAGGGCUAUAAGACACUUCAAAAGAUGGGAGAUCAGGUUCAGACACACCUUCUGCAUCUUUAGUGCCUUGCGCAUUGUCAAGUCUCUGAAUCAGUGUUGCACUUACCCACAGUGCAUUGUGCAUAUCAAUGCCACCACCAACCCCCUGGAAAAUGAGUCCUCUAGCUGUUACAGGCCUGGAAGACUGAUAUCACAUAAGUCUUUGCCUGUCCAAUUUCAGCACCAGAAGCCUGGAGCAACUCUUGCCAGCAGCAGCAAUAAUGGUGCUGCUAUGGUAAGAACCCCUCCUCCCUUAGACUCAUCCACCUACCACUCUCAGGAUCAGGGCAAUGACUAUGACCAUGAUAGUCACCACCAAUCCAAUCAAUUUUGGGGUUGGGAGUUGCAGUCGCUGCCAAUCUGA